ACCUGGGUGAACCUGGGCAGCUUUCCUAAACCAAAAAUGGCACUUGAACCAUGUUGGGUGGCCAGCCAGAACUUUUUCAUGGCAGAAAUCCAUUCAAAGCAGCGCAACCGAGGUGUGUUGGGCGCUGUGAUCAGCAGAGCCUGUGACCUUUGGACCCUGGAUCUAAGGUAUUGUGCCUGUUUCUUGCUGGCUAGUUGCUGUCAAAGGCGUGUCACCUCUUCUAAGAACCAGGCAACUCAAUGGCGGCGAGUGGUAACUCAAAAGGCGAUGAGCAGACAGAGCCAGAAGUGAGGAGCGACUCGCGUGCAGAAGCUCAGAAUGCCAAAGGUCCGCCUUCGCCAGAAGAGCAAGUCGACCUCAAGGACACGGUGGUCCCCUUCACAUCGCCACGGCAACCUCCCCGAGAACCCGCAACGAUAACCACGCAAGGGAAGGACCCACAUGUCUUGGGCCCCCAGGUUCUGGCGUUUGCAGACCAGGCCAGCUGGGAAGAGGGGCUAGGGGCUUGCGAACGGGUUGCGACUGGUCAGUGCGAGAAAGGUGCGCGCAUGGGCUGCUCCGUUACAGCUGCCCGGAAAUGCCAGCCGAACUGGUUCCAGCGAUUGCCUAUGUUCAAGAAGAAAAGCACGCCCGAGACCGUGGCAGCGCAGGAGCAAUGUGAGUCGCGCGAGUUCGAGGCGUGCUUCUCGAAGGCGAGCCAAAAGUGCGCCGAGCACUCGCGGACACUCUGCGGCGACGUUUAUGGGGGCGCGCGGAUCGCCGGGAAAGAUGACGUCAUGCUGAUCACGGCGUGGGAGGACGACGACGAGUCCAACGAGAUCCGGCAACUGCAAACUGGCGAAAAGGUGAUUAGCAGCUCUAAGGGUGCGCCGUGGAUGCCGCCUGCCUUGGGGGAGUCUAUAGAAACCCAGGUCCCGGAUGAGAAGGACGCGGAGAGGCGGCGGAGUGGGAGAAAAGCUAGGAGCGCGUCACGUGGGGGGGUAGAAAGCGCCGCAAAAGAAGGGGGGCGGACGAACGAUUCACAGUCGGGGGGGUUGUGGAACAGCGAAGAAGCCUCUGAAGGUGGGGGAGUGGGGCGGCCUCGGGAUGCGUCGAAAGCGGCGUUGGAAAAGGAUUUGAAGCAGGUGACCGGGACGGACGGGGUCGCUUAUAGGGUUGUGAGAAUAGGCGGGCGGACGGGGCCCGACGGGAAGCCGCUAAAGGCGCUCCAGAGCCUGAAAGACGGGUCGGUGAAGUUUAUGGAUGCGGACGGUCAGGUCAAGAAGCUUGCAGGUCGGGAAAAGAAAACCGGGAAGCGCGAGCAGGCAGGGGGAGAAAAGGGGGGGGUCGUUGCGAAUCGGGGCUUGAAAUCACGGUGACUAGCGGUAGACUGAGCGAUGUGUACUCAACGUGAGAGAGGGCACAGCCUGGGGGUUACGGGAGCAAUUUGGACAGUCGACAAAAUAUUGAGAGUCGCCUCGAUGUACAGGUCCAAAGUCAUUGGAUUGAAUUGCAGUAUCUUGUAAGACCGGCCCUCAGAUGUGAAUGGUUGGCACAACUUUUCGCGGCAACGCUCAUGAUCCUCACAUUGAGGAGCCCAUUUUGACGGUCUAUGCACGCAGUUAAGUGGUUGAGA